CAGAGUGACGUCACUUCUGCCCAUGGCAGCAGCAGCCGCCACCGCAGCGGCCUGCGCGCUCCUCGGCUCGCGGUUGGCGCCGGGGCUCGGCUGGCCGCGCCUGCCGCGCGCCCUCGCCCCGCGCCCGCGGCACGCGCAGGCAAGGCCCGGGGGCUCGCGGCUCGCGGAUGCGGCCCGCGCCUUCAGAGCGUCCACGCGAAACAAUGGCGGGGAGUACGAAUGGAAAGACCCCGAUUCACCACUCGACAUUGUACACGUGGAGUUUGUGUCGAGAAGUGGGGAGGUGACGCGCGUGGCUGGCAAAGUUGGCGACAAUGUGAUGUAUCUGGCCCAGAGACACGGCAUCAGCAUUGAGGGUGCCUGUGAAGCAUCCCUUGCGUGCUGCACGUGUCACGUCUACGUAGACGAUAAAUUCUACGACAUGCUUCCGAGCCCCACUGAAACGGAGGAAGAUCUGCUGGACAUGGCCCCGGGUCUGCGGGAGACGUCAAGGCUCAGUUGCCAGAUCCUCCUACGCCGGGACCUGGAGUCCAUAAAGCUCACGUUACCACGAGCCACACGGAACUUCUAUGUGGACGGCCACCGUCCCACGCCUCACUGAGACAUGACGUGGGAUUGCACGUCAUGCCUCUCUAUGUGGACACAGGUCGCAUGAGACACAGCCUAAUGGAGAUAUGACUCACUGGGACACUCAGUCACGGGAACCACAGGACCCUGACAUCUUGAGACACGGAGACGCAGAUACACGAGGACAUGUAGACAUAACACAGGAAGAACGGGAGUGGAUGUAAGGUUACUUGAGUAUGCGGAGACACAGGGAGGCACUAGCCCCAUAGCUGUCUGAGACAUGUGAAUCCACAGAUACAUGGUGAGACGAGGACAUACCGGGGGGGGGGGGGGCGCACAUGAGGCCACAGGGACAUGAGAUAUGGGGCGACCGUGAGAUGGAAUCAUGUUUGACAACCCCCCACCGAGACACAGUGACAAGAAUGGAUGGGGACACGUGGUGAUACACAAACAUUGAGAGAUAGACACUGUCCCCUGGCGCACCAACAUCUGGUGCCGCAGGGGCCACUGGGAGAAACAUGGACAAUUGGACACUGAGAGACGUGGGGGCACACGUGUACAUUUAAGGAAUGUUGAGACAUCUGAGAAGUCAUGAAAGCUUGAGAUAAAAUGUUAACAUGUGGAUACAGAUGGCAGCAUUGGGUUUAGCUAUCAAGUGUACAGGUGGUACAAUUGCACUGGGGCCUACGGACCAGGCGGGUCCAGGCGCCGGGCUACCAAGCUGGGGGGAAAUUGGACGGGGCCUCAUUUCAUUCCUUGCACCAGGGCCGAUGCCAACUCUGCUACGCCACUGGAUGGCAGUGGUCGGAACGGGCUCAUGAUAGCCAUGUUGGAGAUCGGACCAUCAUUGUGAUGGUUCUGGGUUAAAACAUGUAAUGUACGCGUCUUGUAAAGAACAGUAUUUAAUUGAAUCUAUGCGUUAUUAAGCGUGUGUGCGUACACCUGAAAUAAAAAAAAGUGAAACUCUUAA